AUGUCGACACCCACCACCAGCUCCUACCCCCCUGACCAGCUCCCGCCAGCACCCCCGCCCAAACCCACCACCUCCGCCACGCACUCCCGCACCGCCUCCCCCCUCCCCCCCGUCUGGUCCUCCAGCCCGGCACCCCCGCCGCCGCCUCCCCCUUCAUCCGACCCCUUCAUCCCUUCCAUCCUCCAGACCAAAUCCCGCGACGACCUCGCCCACCUGCUCUCCUCCCCGCACCUCCUCGACGCCCUCUUCGCCAGCACGCACCCGCACGCGCACCAGCACGAAUCCACGCUCACCGCCGCCCUGCACCGCAACGCCGACCUCGCCGCGCGCCUGUCUGCGCUCGAACCGCGGCUGCACACCGCGCGCGACGGCGCCGAGCGCGCGCUGCUCGACGCGCGCAUGAAGGAGCGCGAGUGGCGCGCGCGCGAGAAGGAGAUGUACCAGGCGCUGCAGCCGUUCUCGUCGCCCGCGCUGUACAGCCGUCUCGUGAACGCGGUGGCGGACGCCGAGGCGGUGGCCGAGGCGAUGGCGGAGUCGUUUUUGGAGGAGGGGGGCGGCGAUGGCAGGGAUGUGGGGGAGUUUGUGAGGGAGUAUAGGGCGUUGCGGAAGGCGUAUCAUUUGAGGAGGGAGAGGAGGGAGAGGUGGGAUGAGGGGAGGGUUGGGGGGUGGAGGUGA